ACGCAGGGGCGGCGCGAGUAAAAGCCACUUUUUAUGCAUAGUGCUGAGUGUAGCGUGACUGUGUUUCCACGCCGGUUGUAGCAAAGCCGUGCAAAUCUUUAUUACUUUUAGCUGUAAAUUUAGUAAUCUGAAGAGUUCGUUUAUGUGCCGAACAACAGAUAAAACUGAGUAGCUGAAUGUAAAUGAGAAGUAAACUGGAAAAGUUAAAACAUGGAGACGUAGUAAAGGCUAAAAGGCUAAAUGCCACAGAAUAGCACUGAAAUACGUUUCCACAUUAGGACCAAAUUACUAACGGUCCCAUAGUACAGAGGAGGCUUGCAGUCAUGGCAGGCAAGGGUCGUGGAGUGGGUGCCUUCACCUUCAACAUUGAGGCUCUGGGCAUCGGCAGGGGCAGCAUGCCAGAAGCCAGGGUGGGGCCCACCCCGUUGUUUCCAAACACAGACUUUAAGCCAGUGCCGCUGAAAGCUGGUGAGGAUGAGGACUACAUGUUGGCCUUAAAACAGGAGAUGAGGGGAACGAUGCAACGGCUACCACACAACAUCAAAACUCAUUCCAACAAAGGAGAAGUGGAGAGAUACACAGAAAGAUACCUGAGGCAAAGUCAGAUGGAGCAUGACGAGUGGACCCCAGAUUGGAACCACCUCCCAAAAGAAUUGAUGCCACAAAAGAAAAAACCUCGUGCUAAACCAGCCCCAAAGAAGAAAAUUGUGAAGAUAUCUAAGAAGGACACAGAAGCUAUGCUGAAUAAAUUAGAGGAACUGGCAAAGAAAGAUGACGGGAACCCUGAAAAAUCUGAUGAUGAGGCCGAAAAUAAAACAAAGAAUAAGGAGGGGGAGGAAGAGGAAAUUGAAGCAGAAGAGUAUGAAGAAGAGGAUAUUGAAGAGGAAAACGACUACAUUGAAAGCUAUUUUGACAAUGGCGAAGAUUUCGGUGCAGGCAGUGAUGACAAUAUGGACGGCGAAGCAACAUACUGACACAGUGUGACUCCACCUUGCAAACUGACUGUUGAAGUAAACAAUCAUUAUGAGAUUGUUCCUGCUGGUUAAAUAUGUAGAUAUGUUGGGAAAGAUGUUAAGCAGAGUUAUAGUUUUGUUUGUUUUUGAGCUUUAUUUUGGUUGUGAACCUGAGUGACAAGCUUUCCUUUAAAGACUAAUGUAAAUAAGAAAUGCCAAGCUAUGUGCGCACUGGCAAUAAUUUAUUCAAAAUAGAUGUAUUUAUUUUCCAGCCCGUGGCACAUUUCCACAGGUUGAAAGGCACAUACUGUCAAUAACAUGUAAUGCUUUUUUCAUAAAGUAUCAAGUGAACACGGUCAUAAAAUAAAAGGGCUAUAUAACAAAGUCUAAAAUCUCACAUAAUUACAUGAGUCAUUGUGGGAAUUGUGUGCAUUUCCCAUUUGUCAGCAUGCUCUCAGAAAAAAAAAUGCAGUUCUCUUCAGGCAAGCUAAAGGAAAGAAAAAU